AUGGCAGUCACCGACGAGCCUGUGUCCUACUCCACCAGGUGGCCGACUAGAGAUAUCAUCUACCUAUCCAUAGUUGGGCCAUUAAUGUUGGCAGCGGCUUUUGAAUGGGUGCUUUGGCUUGCAGCAUUUAUUUACUGCCUCGUCAAGGUUUAUCAAAAGGCAGAUCAUUGGAGCAUCAAAGUCCUCGCGGUGGUGAUGGUCUUUCUCUUCUCUUUGCUACGAUUAGCUUUUCUUCCUGUCAUGAUUGUGACCAUUCCUCUGCCGCCUCAACUGAGCCACCAUAUUCCUGAGUACAUGGCCCGAGAUCUCCAGUGGUUCGCCUUCUGGUCUUUCUCCCUCCUCCUCGUCGGGCCAUGGCUUGCCUGUAUUUACCAGCUCGUCACAAGCUCCCUUGGACGCAAAAAGAGGAUAAAGCAGGUUUUGGAUGAUCGUACUGCACCGAAGACGGUGGUCGUUAUGCCAGUUUACAAAGAGGAGCCUGAGACGUUGAUCAAGGCAAUCGACUCGGUCGUCGAUUGCGACUAUCCAGCAGCAUGCAUUCAUGUGUUUCUCUCUUGGGAUGGAAAUAUCGUUGACGAAUCCUAUCUCCGGGUUAUUCAACACUUGGGUAUUCCGAUCUCUCUGAAAAGCUACCCUCAAAGCAUUGAUGUUAUUUACAAAAAUGCUCGGAUCACCGUUUCUCGUUUCUCUCAUGGUGGCAAACGGUACUGUCAGAAGCAAACAUUUAAACUUAUCGACAAAGUUUAUGCAGAGUAUCUGAAGCGACAUGACGAUUUGUUUGUGCUUUUUAUUGAUUCCGAUUGCAUCCUCGAUCGCGUCUGUCUGCAAAACUUCAUGUAUGACAUGGAACUGAAACCGGGAAGCAAGCACAACAUGCUAGCCAUGACGGGUAUCAUCACCUCCACCACGACGAAGCACUCUUUUCUCACGGUUCUCCAGGAUAUGGAAUAUGUCCAUGGUCAGCUUUUUGAGCGUUCGGUGGAGUCUGCAUGCGGGGCCGUGACAUGUCUUCCCGGUGCAUUAACCAUCCUUCGUUUCUCGGCAUUUCGCAAAAUGGCCAAAUACUAUUUUUCCGACAAGGCUGAGCAAUGCGACGACAUAUUCGACUUCGGGAAAUGUCACCUGGGCGAAGAUCGAUGGCUCACUCACCUCUUCAUGGUCGGAGCCAAACAUCCCUAUCAGAUCCAGAUGUGUAGUGGCGCCUUCUGCAAAACUGAAGCUGUUCAAACCUUCAGCAGCUUGCUCAAACAGCGGCGCCGCUGGUUUUUGGGCUUUAUCACCAAUGAAGUUUGCAUGAUCACUGAUGUCAGGCUAUGGAAACGUUAUCCGUUCCUCUGUGUUGUUCGAUUUUUACAGAACACUAUUCGAACCACUGCUCUGCUCUUUUUCAUCAUGGCUAUCGCCCUUAUCACGACUUCCAAAACGGUCAAUGACGUCCCCGUUGGCUUUAUCGGUGUUUCCCUUGGUCUGAAUUAUUUACUCAUGCUUUAUUUCGGUCUUCGACUUGGUCGGUACAAAGCAUGGCUCUAUCCACUAAUGUUCAUCGUUAAUCCAUUCUUCAACUGGCUUUACAUGGUAUAUGGGAUUUUCACCGCUGGACAGCGCACUUGGGGUGGACCACGAGCCGAUGCAGCCACUGCGGAUGACCAUAUAACUCCCGAGGAGGCUGCCGAGUUGGCUAAAGAACUGGGGAAUGAGCUGAACAUCGACGUCGACACUUUCCGUGCGAACAGCGUCCGCCGACGAUCAGUUCCCGUUCGCCCGUCCGACCACAUUGAUGGACGUUUUGCACCUGCGGAACAACUUUUGGAUGGAUUCUAUAUCACCACCAACGAGAUCAAUCCUGCUCAAGCACGCAUGCCAGCCCCUCUCCCAGGUGUCCCCCGAUUCCAUAUACCGGGUCAACUUCGCGAGUCUAUGGAGUCCAUCUUCACCGAAUCUUCUGAUAGCGGGUCCAAUUCAGUUUUGCUGCCGCACACAGUGGAAAGCCUAAUGAGUGAAGAGGAUCAACGCAAGUUGUAUUAUGCCCGUCAAGUUCGGGCGUCCAUCGGUAUGCCUGGAGCCUCAGACAAGGCUGCAGUGUGGCCACAGAUUCUCGAACCUAUUCCCGACCAUGCAGAGGCCUCUCACUUUCAAAUUAUGUCGCCCUUUGCCGAGCCACAUGAUUCGAUGCAAGAGAGUCAAAUUUUACUAGAAGAGAUGAGGAUGACAGGGCAACUGGACCACCGUUGA